AUGAAAGAGAGAUUUUUUACAGGAACACUAGCAUGCUUCCCAACCUCGCAACGAUCCUACCAGUAUGGCGCGCCAACACAACAAUUUGCAUCGUGCACACCACAAUGCUGCGGUUGUUCUCAGGCUCAACCAGUUCCUGCUCAGCCAGCUGCUGCCGCGGCGGCUCGUGUUGCUGCUGCUGGAAAGACGCCGACACAAGCAAUCAACGUGCAAGGAUCAUCUGCUGAAGGUCUUCUUGGACAGAAGGUAUCGCUUACCGAAUUCACGGCCGACGGAUACAAUGCUGAAGGCGGUGGCCCAGUCCGAUCAGGAAACGCUUUGACAUGCAACUUUGAUGGACGGCCAUGCUGUUGGGCUAAUGUGCCACCACCAGAUGAUCAACUCGACUGGCAGAUUGCCAGCGGUGUGCCAAUCCAACUUCAGAACAGAGGAGUUCCAACACCAGAAGGAAGUUACCUGAUUGCCUACGCUAAAUCAGCCGCCCCAUCCGAUGAAGCGCAAUUCGCGUCAUGCUCAAUUGGCUGUGCUUCAAGUGACAUCGUCGUCCGCGCCAAGCACUGGCAAUCAGAGAGUGUCCUGUUGCAAGUGUGUCUCCGUGAAUCAUUCCCAACUAACGCGGAACGUAAUCCGCUGAUCAACUGCCAGGAAUUCCCUUACGUCGACGGAAUGGGCACUACGGAGGUCAUCCUUCCAAAGACGUCUCUUGUUGAUAUUGUUUUUGUCGCGUCCAACUUCAUCGGUGAUCAAGGAGACGUUGCUAUUCUAGAUGACAUUGAAGUUUCUUAUGAUAGAAAUGGAAGCGAGUGCCAGAAUGAGUUCGAGGAGGGAGCAGAGGAAGAGCAAGAUAAACAAGACACUGAAAACGCUAUCCGUGCCGAGGAGAUCGAAGCAGCCGCUAAGAAUAAGAGAAGAGAAUUGUUCGAGAAGACCCAACCAGAAGGAAAGAUUGUGUCAGCUACCGAAAGAUUCGGAUCCAAGGGAUUCAGAGGAAGAAGUGGCGCCGGAGGAGCAGGAGGAGCCGCUGGAGCCGGAGGUGCUGGAACAGCUGGAUCUAACUUCGGCGGAUCAUUCGAAGGAGGAGAGAAUGGAAACGCUGCUGUAGGAACAUCUCAUACUGAGGAGACUGUUUUCGCUAGUGUCAAAACCGCUAAGCUCCCAUCAGGACAUGUGAUUGCUAAGGGAGCCAAGACUGCAGAUUUCUCGGAAGUUGUAUGCAACGCUACCAAGUGUGACUUUGAAACUGAAAACACUUGCGGAUACAAGGAUGCCCAUACCACUCAAUCCAUUCGUGGCCUCACCACGAAGUUCAACGUUGUCACUGGUCAAUUCAUGAACAGAGUCACCGGAAUCAAGGAGAGCACGGAAGGCGAGUUCUACGCCGCCACAUUCCUCUUCCCAAGAGAAAUGGCCGGACUCGAAGCCUCCGUCGAGCCAUUCACCGAGCAAUCGAGAAUCCGAUUCCAUUAUUAUGAAGGAACACACGGAGUUCAGCUGAAGGGAUGUUGCUCGACUAUCGAGAGCUGUCCAUUCAGCUCCGAUAAGUUUGUAACAGUUGCUGACCGUGCUUGGAAGACUGCCUCUUUCAAGUGUCCAAAGGGAACUGAUAAGGUAAUUUUCGUCUGCGAGAACACGAGAACGAACCAAGGAGCAUGCGCUGUUGACGGAAUCGGACUCGUUGAGAACGAUGGACCACUGAAGACCGCAAAACCGCUUUGCUAA